AUGGCUGUCCAAGCGGACUAUGAGGCGUUUAUCUUCCGCAAAUUCGACCGGCUCAGUGCACGAAACCUCCUCCACCUUGAGGCCAAGCUCGCAUACCUCGAAGCGAAACUAGAUAUAGAAGAUAAGAAAGCCGCGCAGAGUCAAGAAAAUGAGACAUUACGAUCCAUCCGAACCUGGGAGGCCUUCGAGGAACAGUUCAAUGCUGGGGAUGUUGACUGUUAUAGACAAAUGGCUCUUCUUGAAGAGAUCAAGGAGACACUGAAGGAAUAUCACGAAACACUAUUACGUCAAAACCAAAUAGCCAUGCUUGAAAAGCCCAAGAAACGGGCUUUAGAUGUCGCACGCGAUGAGUUCUUCGAACGUAUAUUUGGUGGAGACAGGCAGCCCAUGCUGGCUGGUUUCGCCGAGAAAAGGCUUGAUGAAUGCAACCAUCAAGAACUCGUCGCAGUGAGACGGCAGGCGGAUAAAGAUCCCCUCUCACUUUUUUUACAAGAUCAUUGGAUGUUCAAGACUACGAGUGUUACAGAGCAUACUGAAUGUAUCAAAGAAAGCCAUGUGGUCUGGGUAGCUGCGACAAUAAGCGUAAUCGUUGCCGCACUCCUACUACUCGGAGCUAUUGUCAUGUUACUUCUUCUAGAUGAUAGGAAUACCCAGUUGGGAAUAAUCGCUAUGUUCACAGCUCUUUUCGCGGUUAGCGUCGGAGUUUUGACAAAUGCAAGAAGGGCAGAAAUAUUUGCAUCAACAGCUGCUUAUACCGCUGUAUUGGUUGUUUUCGUGUCGUCGCCUGCAUCGAGUUCAAGCCCAUUUGGUUGUACAUGUAGUUUACCUACUUAG